AUGGAUUGGCUACCGGCACUGGAAAAUGCUUCUGAUUAUUGGGACAGCAAUUUCCCAAUUAUUAACACCUUAUGCAUAGAAGACUUCAAAUGACAAGAAUCUGCCCCUCGUUCUUAUGAAUCAAGAAUAUCUCAAUUAUCGCUUUCAUUACUCCCCUCCUUCAAGAUCCGCAAAAAAUAGCAUAAUUGGUUUAUAAAUAUUUUAUUUAUAAUUAAACAAUUGCUAUAACAGUAUUUUGAAAUAAUUUAAUCAGAUUUAAUAUGAAUAGUUUUCUUAAAAGUAAAUUGUUAAAAUCUGAAAUAAAAACUUGUAAACCUAAUUAGAGUCAAUAUAAGCAUUCCUGAUGAUUGCUGUUAUAUUAUAGUCAAAUAUUAAAAGGAUAAAAAUUAAUCAUUAUGAUUAUUCAUUGCAUUAGGCAUAUAAUUUUAAUUUUUGCUUUAUAAAAAAAAUAACACCCUUUAAGAGUGAACAAAAAAUCUUGGACUCUCUUAAAAGGGUCGAAUUAGAGCCAAGAUCAAUCUCCUCGUCAGAAUUUGAAGAACUAUCAAGUAAUUCUUCAGAAGAUGAAAUUUCUAGAAUCCCAGAAUUAAAUAUUGGAGAAAAGGAAAUAGAAAAUCUGGAUAAAACUCCUUUAAACCAUAUUUUAAAUGGUUCUCUAGAAAGAGCAAAACCAGAAAUUUACUGUCAAAAGAAAAAUGAAAAAACAAAUAUAUACGAGAAAAAACCAAAAUGAUCAAAAGAGGAGGAUAGCUUAAUUUUUGAGUUAUUUCUAUAUCAAAUAAAUCAGAUAACAUGAUAUAAAAUUUUUUAAGCUCUUUUUUAUAUAGUUAUAGUAUGAGUUGAGAUUUAUUUUAACUAAAUUAGUAUUAAAUAAUUUAUAUAACAAGUAUGGAGGAAACUGGAAAAAAAUAUCUACCUUCUUACCUGGGAAAAUUGCUAUUGAUAUAAAAAAUCGGUUUUAUGGUACUUUAAAGAGAAGGAGAAACCCAAUGGGAAGUUCAACUAUAGAAAGCAUGCAUAGUCAGUUAAAUUUUUCAUUAGAGUCAAAAGAUUUAAUACUUUAUCAAGGCAAAUCUUGGAAAGAGGACGACAUAAUCGACUCUUUUCUUAUGAACCCUAGUCAAAUUAAUCAAAUUAAGAAAAAUGAAUCCCAAAUAAAUGAACUCGAAAGUCAUUUAAAAGAAAUUAAUUUCACUGAAAAGAAAAGUCAGGUCGAUAAUUCUGGAGCAAAGAGACAAAAAUUGCUCGAAUUAUACAAUAAAAUAUCUACAAUAGAUGCAUUUAUAUCCCAAACUAAGCAGAAGAUGCAGUUAAUUGAAAUUGCUUUGAAAAAAAAUAAAUGCCACAAUUAG